AUGUCUACCGCCGAAACCGCUUCUAUUCCUCAGUCGGAACCUCAGACUGCACGCUCAUCCAAUCGUCCUCGCAAUCGCAGACCACGUAGCGAGAGAAACCCCAAUCCACCAACCCCGCAAGACGAACCUCAGUCAGACGCAUCAAAUCCUGCUCGCAGACGGAGGGGCGGCGGAGGAAGAGGUCGUGGCGCUCGCGACCUUCUUCUUGCCUUGAGACCAUCUUCGGUUACGCCCUCCGCCCAACCAUCAUCCAUCGAACCCUCAAGUGCCGACGUCUCAGGCACAGAAACCACCACAAGAAACCAAGAUUCACGACGGGGCAGAGGUGGCGCAAGAGGUGGAAGAGGAGGAGCUCGAGGUGGCAGGGCGCGAGGAGAGAAUAGGACCGUCAACGGCAGAGCCUUUGGCGGUCAACUUACCUCGGAUGGUGAACUCCAGGCCGACGCUACUACUUUCGUUCCCGGACAACCCAUCAUUACUCAAGGUGCUGCCUCACAGCAGACGCAACCUCGCUCGCAAAGACGCCGACUUUCGAAGUCUACAGCUCCUGACAUCGCAACUCGUACUCACCACGAUAUUGACAACGGCCACUAUGAAUGCCCCAUCUGCACAAGCGAGGUUCUUCGCAAUUCCAAGGUGUGGUCAUGUCACACUUGCUGGACUGUUUUCCACAUGUCUUGUGUCAAGAAAUGGUCCCAGAAUCAAGGAUCUGCCGCUGCUCAGCAACAAGGUCGAGAGAACGGCGAAAUACCUCCUCCUCGACAGUGGAGAUGUCCUGGAUGCAACCUUCCGAAAGACACUUUACCCAAGACAUACACAUGCUGGUGCGAGAAAGAAGUUGAGCCGCGCCCGGUCACUGGUCUGCCUCCUCAUUCUUGCGGAAACACUUGUGGUAGGGAGAGAGUUCGCAAAUGUCCUCAUCCUUGUCAAUUGACUUGCCAUGCUGGCCCUUGCCCUCCCUGUACCCAUAUGGGUCCUACGCAAACUUGUUUCUGCGGCAAGCACGAGUCGACCCGCCGCUGCACCGACACCGACUAUGAAAACGGCUGGAGCUGUGGUGAGGUCUGUGGUGAUCUCAUGCCCUGCGGAGAACACGAGUGUCCUAGACCCUGCCACGAGGGUCUCUGCGGAGCUUGUGAAGUACGUGUCGAUGCUCGUUGUUAUUGUGGCCAGGUCGAGAAAGCUUCGCUGUGUGCCGAUCGUGGCGAAGAAGUUACAAGCCACAAAAAGCAUCUUGCUGAGGAUGGUCAGGACAUUGUUGAAGAGUGGACUGGCAUGUUCGCCUGUGCUAACUCUUGCGACCGAGCCUUCGAUUGUGGUAUCCACCACUGUCAAAAGCCUUGUCACUUCCAGGAAGCCGAUCCCGGCCAUUGCCCUCGUUCAGCCGAUGUCGUGACACACUGUCCAUGCGGCAAGACCAAGCUCUCCGAGAUUUCACCUGAUGCUCGCACUUCCUGUGAGGAUCCUAUCGCGAACUGCAAGAAGCCAUGCAUGAAGAAGCUUUCUUGUGGACAUCCUUGCGAACAAUUGUGUCAUUCUGGCGCAUGUAUGCCCUGUCUCAAGGCCGUUCCAAUCAACUGCCGUUGUGGUAGAACAACUUCAACCACCAUCUGUCACCAAGGCAAGAUUGAAUCUCCUCAAUGUAUGAGGGUUUGCAGAGCCACUCUCAACUGUGGUCGUCAUGCUUGUGAUGAACGCUGUUGCGAGGGCGAGCGGAAGGCUGCGGAACGACAAGCUCUCAAGCGUAAGGGUCGUAAACUCGAAGAAGCUCACAUCCGACCUAUCGACGAUGGUUUCGAGGCCGAGCACAUCUGCACGCGCUCGUGCGGUCGACCUCUCAAGUGUGGCAACCACUUCUGCGAAGACCUCUGUCAUAAGGGUCCUUGCGGAUCUUGUCGAGAAGCGAUCUUUGAUGAGAUCAAUUGUAACUGCGGUCGUACUGUUCUGACACCACCUCUCCCUUGCGGCACUCAACCUCCACCUUGUCGUUUCCAGUGCAAUCGCCCCAAGACGUGUGGUCAUCCUCAGGUCCAGCACAAUUGCCACAUGGACAACGAAAGCUGUCCAAGAUGUCCUUUCUUGGUUGAGAAGCGUUGCAUGUGUGGCAAAAAGAGUCUCAAGAAUCAGCAAUGUUGGCUCAAGGAUGUCAGCUGCGGACAAGUCUGUGGUCGAAAACUCAAAUGUGGCUCCCAUUUCUGUACAAAGCCCUGCCAUCGUGAAGGCGAUUGUGAAGAUGCUGGAGGCAGACCUUGUCAGCAGGCCUGUGGNAAAGCCCAAGAAGGCAUGCGGCCAUCCAGACGAAGCCAUCUGCCAUGCUCCUACUGCUUGCAAGAGGACAAGGCCUGCACUCACAAGAUCUUCAUCACCUGUGAGUGUCAAGCUCAGAAGCAGGAGAUGCGAUGCAAUGCAUCCAAGACCAGCGAGGGCAACCUCAACAAGUCUCUGCCUUGCAAUGAAGAAUGUGCCAGAUUAGAGCGUAACCGUAAGCUUGCUCUCGCGCUCAAUAUCGACCAGGAAGCACAUGUUGAAGGUGGUGACCAUGUUCCAUUCUCCAACGAGACUCUUAAUCUCUAUGCAGCUCAUCCCACUUGGGCAACAAACCAAGAGCGUGAGUUCCGUGUGUUUGCAGCUGCAGAUGACGAAAAGAGAUUGAGGUUCAAGCCUAUGACUGCCACUCAACGAGCCUUCAUCCAUCAUCUCGCUGAAGACUUUGGUUUGGACUCAGAAAGCAUGGAUCCUGAGCCUCAUCGCCAUGUUGCAAUUUUCAAGACACCACGUUUCGUCCGUUCGCCGCCAAAGACACUGAAAGAGAGCGCGCGAAUCAGAAAUGCUCAGCGUUUGGCGUCUGGCAAAGCAGUCGCCAAUAGCGAAGCACCAGCAAACCAAACUCGUGCAAACGAAGUUGGUGAGCCAUUCAACAGCUUCGUUAUUGUGCGUCCACGCUUCGGUCUUAUGAUCGAAGAGGUCAGAACAGAGCUGGCGUCGUUCGCUCUUCCGGUGCAAUUUGAUGUUGAGUUCUUGCCCAAUGAGGAGGUUAUCAUCAAGGCUAUCAGCCGUACUCUUGAUGAGCAGGCAAUUGACCAGACACUCAAGAAUGCUAAGGCUCCGAUUGCCACUGCUAUUGCAGCGAAGAGUCUUGGUACACUCCAGCUUUGUCGUACUGACUCCUCGCUCAACAUCACCCGUCGCGAGACCGAGAGCGGUGUCAGUGAUGGUUGGUCUCGUGUUGCUGCGAAGAGUGCAGCAUCACGUCGCCCAGUCGCUCAGACGGCAUCCUCUAACAAUAAUCUGUUCUCUGCUCUUGCUGGUGGAAACAAGGUCACUUUUGCUAAGAAGAAGGAGAAGAAGCCUGUUGUGCCCGUGGAACCUGUUGUAGAUGACUGGGAGGCGGCAGAGAUCGCAGAGGAGGAGAAGGAGAAGUUGGUUAGUGACCACAAUAGUGGUGUGGAGGACGAACCGUCAAAGGUCGAGCCCAGCAACGUUGCUGAAGAUGCGGCUGGCGAGGGCAGUGUUGAGAUCAACGCUCCUGAGGUCAAGGGUCCCGUAAUGGAAAUUGUGCCCGACACAAGUUCGGUCGAUAACGCACACAGCGCAGUCGAUGCGACAGAGCCAGAGUAUCUUGAGUCCAAUCCCGCAAACGAACAAAGCAAGGAAGCAGAAACAGCAUAG